AUUUUAUGCACUGCUGUGUUUGUGAGAAGAAUACGCAGCGAUGCAGAGAACUGUUUCUUAAAUACUACCGCCUGUUUGUGAAUACAGAAUCUCUUUUGAUCGAAACCGGUGCUUUAUUUUCCGCUACUUCGCACCUGCUACUGUGCCACUGUUGGUGCUAACCGGGGUCUCAUUGUUAGCGUGUUAGCUAAUGUAGCAUGGUCGCGUUGGAAAAUAGAUUGUAAAGAAGAUGAAUUGAGAAGUGGCUGAUACAAUUUGAAGCACAUCUUGCGUUGCGCUGGACGUAAGUAGCUACAUUUCCAUACUCGGAUGUAUUGUGCGUAACUUUGUGUUAAGAAUACAGCUGCUAUUAGCUUAAUCUUGCUAGCGUCGAUAGCCGCACCAUUCUUCUGUUGCUAGCGCUGCAGAUGGUUUGCUAGCUAACAUUAACCGUCUUACUGUAUAAGCGAUCUAAAAACUUUUAAUGGCCUGUUUCGUCAGAGAAUGUAUUGUUAUAAAACCUUUAAUAAUUUUGCCAAAUACCUACAUGCAAUUUGAAAGGCCAACGUUAUCUGUUUAGUUAGACCUGUUCGUAACAAUAUUUCUGGUUCUGUCUUCAUUUCUUAGUGUUUGAAUGGAUAUUACCAGGUGCACGGAGAAAUGGGUAAAACAAGACAAGGAGAGGCCUCCAACAUCCUCCAUCAUGCUGUCUAGCAAGAAGUCAGAUGCUGGCUCCUCCUCCUCCUCCUCCUCUUCUUCUGCGGGAGCCUCAGGAGGUGACAGAGCCCCUGUAUCUGAUACCCAGACAGGCGCAUCAGCUUCAACUGCAGGUGUGAUGGAAGCAAAGAAGAAGGAGAGGUCAUCCCCUAGUGGGGAACCUGGAGGAGCCCCUUUGCCUCACCAAGCAGGUCCUGGUGGGGUGGACCCGGACUCAGCUGAAGUCCGGCGGACAAGUCGGCGCAAGCGAGCAAAACAGGUGGAGUACCGCGAGAUGGACGAAAGCCUGGCCAAUCUGUCUGAGGACGAAUAUUACUCUGAGGAGGAAAGGAAUGCCAAGGCAGAGAAGGAGAGGAAGCAGGUCGUCCCUCCUCCACCCCCACCGGUUGAGGAGGAGAAUGACAGUGAACCAGAGGAACCAUCUGGUGUGGAAGGAGCUGCUUUCCAGAGUCGCCUUCCUCAUGACCGUAUGACUUCCCAGGAGGCCGCCUGCUUCCCUGACAUCAUCAGUGGCCCCCAGCAGACUCAAAAAGUUUUCCUCUACAUUCGCAACCGUACGCUCCAACUGUGGCUGGACAACCCUAAGAUCCAGCUGACAUUUGAGGCUACAGCACAGCAGCUGGAGGCUCCAUAUAACAGUGAUGCUGUGCUGGUUCACAGGAUACACAGCUACCUUGAAAGACAUGGUCUCAUUAACUUUGGCAUUUACAAGCGGGUCAAGCCUUUACCCACAAAGAAGACUGGAAAGGUUAUAGUCAUUGGUGGAGGUGUGUCUGGCCUCGCUGCAGCAAGGCAACUGCAGAGCUUUGGGAUGGAUGUGACGGUCUUGGAGGCCAGGGACCGCGUUGGAGGCAGAGUGGCCACAUUUAGGAAGGGGAACUAUGUAGCUGACCUGGGAGCUAUGGUGGUGACUGGACUGGGAGGGAAUCCCAUGGCAGUGAUCAGUAAGCAGGUAAACAUGGAGCUGGCCAAGAUCAAACAGAAGUGUCCGCUGUAUGAAGCCAAUGGCCAGGCUGUGAGUAUCUCUGGACAUGGUGAACGGUGCACGAGUGUGCCAAAAGAAAAAGAUGAGAUGGUAGAGCAAGAGUUUAACCGAUUGCUCGAGGCCACCUCCUACCUCAGCCACCAGCUUGACUUCAACUUCCUCAACAACAAGCCUGUGUCUCUGGGUCAGGCCCUGGAGGUGGUCAUACAGCUGCAGGAGAAGCACGUAAAAGACGAGCAGAUCGAACACUGGAAGAAGAUCGUAAAGACUCAGGAGGAUCUCAGAGAUCUUCUUAACAAGAUGGUGAGCACCAAGGAACGGGUCAAAGAGCUCCAUCAGCAGUACAAAGAGGCCAGCGAGGUCAAACCACCCCGAGAUAUCACAGCUGAGUUUCUGGUGAAGAGCAAACACCGCGACCUCACCGCACUCUGCAAAGAAUAUGAUGAGUUGGUGGAGCUGCAGGUCAAACUGGAGGAGAAACUGCAGGAGCUGGAGGCCAAUCCACCAAGUGAUGUUUACCUGUCAUCCAGGGACAGGCAGAUCCUCGACUGGCAUUUUGCCAAUUUGGAGUUUGCAAAUGCUACACCCCUCUCCACCCUUUCACUCAAGCAUUGGGAUCAGGACGAUGACUUUGAGUUCACUGGCAGCCAUUUGACAGUCAGAAAUGGUUACUCGUGUGUACCUGUGGCCUUGGCCGAAGGCUUGGACAUCAAACUGAACACAGCAGUACGGCAGGUCCGAUACACAGCCUCUGGUUGUGAGGUGAUUGCUGUGAACACUCGCUCCACAACUCAGACCUUCAUAUAUAAGUGUGACGCUGUGCUGUGCACGCUGCCCCUCGGUGUGUUGAAGCAGCAGCCCCCUGCUGUGCAGUUUGUCCCCCCACUGCCCGAGUGGAAGACCGCUGCGAUUCAGAGGAUGGGCUUCGGAAACCUCAACAAGGUGGUGUUAUGUUUUGAUCGUGUGUUCUGGGAUCCCAGUGUGAACCUGUUCGGUCACGUCGGCUCCACCACAGCGAGCCGCGGCGAACUCUUCCUGUUCUGGAACCUCUACAAAGCUCCGAUCCUUCUCGCUCUGAUGGCUGGUGAGGCUGCUGGCAUCAUGGAGAACAUCAGUGAUGACGUUAUCGUGGGUCGAUGCCUCGCCAUUCUCAAAGGAAUAUUUGGAAGCAGUGCAGUGCCACAGCCAAAGGAAACUGUGGUUACCCGUUGGCGUGCCGACCCCUGGGCGAGGGGCUCCUACUCGUACGUCGCUGCAGGUUCUUCAGGGAACGAUUACGACUUAAUGGCACAGCCGAUCACACCUGGACCCGCCAUACCAGGAGCUUCACAGCCCGUCCCCCGUCUCUUCUUCGGCGGCGAACACACCAUCAGGAACUACCCGGCCACCGUCCACGGCGCUCUGCUCAGCGGGCUCCGCGAGGCAGGACGCAUCGCGGAUCAGUUCCUGGGCGCCAUGUACACACUCCCCAGACAGGCCACGCCCACAGCAGCCACCAACCCUCAGCAGGCCCAACCCACCCCCAGCGUCUGAAAGGCUCCUCCCCCUAGUUUCUGCCAAUUUAAGACUGUGACCAACCAACUGUAGGAGUUUUCCCAUUUACUGUAUAACCUGUACGUGGAAGAAAUGAUGAUACUUAGAGUUUAUUUUCUGGCUGUUGGUAUAAUGUGGAACUAAGAGUUUUAAGUUGGAAUGUCGUUUGUACAUUUCCAGCAAAAUGUGACAAUAUACUCCAUUUCUUCCUGUAAAUAGAGACAGAUGUUACCACCUACAAAGACUGAGCUAUGCUACAAAAUACAUCCCAUUUGGAACGAAAAUGAACGCAACAAUUCAUGAGAUGUUUUAUACUCGUGUUAUUUCUCAGUCUUAAACAAAUGCAUGGCAUUACUUUUGGUACGUGGAGUUAUUCAGUGUGUUUGAUGGAAUGUAUGUGCUACGCCCAGCUUCUCUUCAUGUGUCUCAACAUUAAAGAAUGGCUGAAAACAUGAGAGCCACAUUAUACUGGGCACAUGACCAAGUCAGUAGCACGGUCACAAUCCACCCAAACUGCUCCCAGAGGCCUUGUCUUGGUUGUCUUAAGGCUUACACGUUGCUAUGUACUGUAGCUGUACGCCUCCGGAAUUUAACUGUAUCAAUAGGUUGCAGAGUGUAGUGAAUAUAGCUUGCAUUAAAAGCCUAAAAGAAGAUGGAUAUGUUAAGAGUUGUGAAUGUUUUUUUGUUGCCACAGCAGUUGAAGUAUUUUAUUAAGGUUGUCGUUACAAACUUUUUUUAUAUUUGUCUGUUGUUUUGUUAUUAAAAGAAAAAAAU